AUGGAAGCUGUGGCUGCUGCUCUGCAUUGGCAGCUGAUUCUCAUUGUGGUGGUGGCAGCAACACUGCUACCGGGGAUGAAGGGUUUACCUCUGUUCGUUCAGAGAAGAACUGCCAGGACCAUCGUGUUACAAGAAAGCGUUGGUGAUGAUCAGUUUGAAGAAGUUUGUCUAGGCAAGUGGUGGGGAGAAGAAGUUGCCGUGAAGAUAUUCUCUCCUAGGGAAGAACGUUCGUGGUUCCAAGAGGCAGAGUUUUAUCAAACUGUGAUGUUAUACCAUGAGAACACCCUAGGAUUUGUAGCAGAGAACAAAGACAAUGGCACAUGGACUCAGCUGUGGCUGGUGUCGGAAUCCUGUGAGCAUGGACCCCUUUUUGAUUACUCGAACAGAUACAGUGUUAUAGUGGAAGGGAUGGUCAAACUCUCUCUGUCCAUGGCAAGCGGUCUUGCCCAUCUUCACAUGGAGAUUGUUGGUACCCAAGGAAAGCCAGCUAUUGUUCACAGAGAUUUGAACUCAAAGAAGAUCUUGGUGAGGAAUAAUGGAACCUGUUGUAUUACAAACUUGGGACUGGCUGUGAGACAGGAUUCUGCCACAGAUACAAUUGAUAUUGCUCCAAACCACAGAGUA